AUGCUUUUUAAGAAUUUCUCGCAGAAGAUAACCCCCUCAAACAGGAAUGUCAUGGCCAACAUAGAGGGGAAGAACUUAUCCGAUUUCUCCCAAUCUGAAUCUGAUGAUGACAUGUUAUCUGUCUUUGAUGAAAUGGAUUUAACUGAAAAUGAACAAGAGGACGCUUUGGAUUCAGAUCAAAUUGUUGAAGGAAAAUAUGAAGAGGAAAAUGACUUAUGUAAUAUUUCCUCGGCUACCUUCUGGGAUAGUGAAAUGAUAUUUACUAGUGAUGUGGCAAAUGAGGAACUAGACGAACUGAUCAGUAAUAUACAAGAAGUCCCAUCAAAAAAUGAAAUUAUCAAGAUGUGGAAGCGCACAUAUGCUUUGGUAGUACGAGCGGUUUGCUUAAUGCUAAUUGCAUUAAUGGAAUAUUUCGAAGAAUUGAAGGAGAGGCAUCAAAUAGAAGAAGAGGAUGCCUGCGUCCCUUGGAGGAGGCUCAUAUCGAUUUGUUUUGACGUAUUGAAAGAGAAGGAGGAGCACUACAAUAGACUUUUUAGCAGCCUCAUCCUAAAGGGUGAGUUGACUAAGGAAGAAUUUGUCAAUUUCUUGAACAAUUGCAGGAGAGAGGCUGCUGAAUUGAGAGAGACCCUACAAACCUUGGGAAAGAAGGAAUUGGAUGAAGGAAUGAUUCCAAAAGAGGGAGAUAACUAA